CGGCGAGACAAAUGCGGGGCGAACUCGAGUCGCUCUGGCAAGAGCAGGACGCCGUUGCAGAAUGGGAAGCCCCAGACAGCCAACAAGAAAUGCGGGACGCCAUCAAAACGGAGACUGAGCCGGUCCUCGCCGGGCUUGAGACGACGGGGAAAUGGGUCACAGGUCCCGCUAGCACUUCUCGCGGCACUACGGAGGUUACCUCUACUACGCAAGUCGGUGAGACGUCCCAGGUCCCAGUCUCGGUUUCCUACCCCGUGCCCACAAAAUCCAAGUUGAGUCCCAACUCAGACGAUCCGUAGGGGAUAUCAAGGCGUGGGAGGCCGAGUGCAUCCAAUGGAGGACCAGGCGGGUGCAGCCUUUGCGAACGAUGGAGAGUGUCGAGAAAGUCCGGUUAGUAGCGCAUAUGGAGACGGAGCCUGCUGUAGUGGAGGACGGCACUCUACCG